GGAACCAAACUACGCCCAGAUCGGCUCCCUGUCCCUCAGUCUGAGCCCAGUCCGACGCUGCGAGACUCUCCGUGGACAUUAAGGACGCUGCAGCUCCCUUCCAUCUGCCAUCUGGGCUGAAACGCGUCACAGCCUCCAUCAGGUCAAAUAUAACCGCUCAUUCCACCAGAUAGGUGUGCAGAAGGAAUGUGGUUGUGGUGGUGGAAAUAAACGCCUCAGAGCUGAAGACAUCUGUCUGGUUGUGAUCGGUGACCUGCCGCGGAUUAUACUUUUUAAGUGAAUCCAGCAAAGUAACACCAGGGGGGAAACAUCUUUACAGCUAUGUUGAAGGGCCCAGUAUUGGCUGCAUGGCUGGUGUAUUUGCUGUGUCAUGUUUAUCCUGUUAAAUCCGGUGUGAUCUGCGAUGAGUCCAAAAUGACAAUAGCGGUUGAGAAGUCUAAAUAUCGUAAACUAGUUAAAGUGGAUUUCCGCAUCAAUGACGUCACCAACGCCGCCUGCCGCCUCAGCUCCAACAGCACUCACUUCUUUGCUGAUGUGCCCCUCAACGGUUGUGGCACUCAGGUCGAGGAAAAUGGUGAAAACCUAAUUUUCAAGAAUACAGUCACCUUAGUCACCCACCCAAAAGACGUGAUCAUCCGGAAAUGUCUGCUGGAGCUGAAGUUUGAAUGCAACUACCCCAAAAGUGUCCAAGUGAAACAGAGCUUCAGUGCACACAGGAAGAACGUCAUAGAGUCGGAGAAAGGCCUGGGCACGUUCACCUACAAGUUUGAAUUUUAUCCUGAUAAGGAAUUCCAAACUCCGCUUGCACCAGAUACAUACCCUCUGGACUGUGACAGUGAGCAGACCCUUUACAUGCAGAUAGAGGUUGCCUCCUCAAUUGAAAACACUGAGUUGUUUGUGGAGUCCUGCAGUGCGUCACCAUAUGACAUUCCAAACUACAAGACAACCUACCCCAUCAUUGAUAAAGGGUGUGCAAAGGACCCGACUGUUGUGAAUUAUAGUCGCCCCCACGACACAAAAUUCCAGUUCAGCAUGGAGGCCUUUAAGUUCAUCGGCUUGCAUGAGCAGGUGUACAUCAGCUGUUCAGUCAUGAUCUGCAGAUUAGGACGACCUGACACCAGGUGCUCCCAGGGAUGCGUCAACUCCAGAUUACGGAGAGAUGAUCAGCGACAUCACCUCAUCAAGAGAGAGGUUGUCACUCAGAGUUCAAGGCACUUUGUUUCCCAGGGUCCCCUGCGCUUAAGGCGAUCAGCAGAGAGCCCCAUGAGCCCAGUGAUCAACCUGAACCUGAACCUGGUUUUCAUCGCUGGAUGUCUCCUUGCAGCCGUCGGCAUGAUCAGUUCCGCAGUCAUCUACAAAGCCAAAAUAUCAAGGGACAAAUACCAACCUUUGCCCGCAUUUGAAAAUUAAGACCGCAGCGUGUGCAGCACACCCAUCAUGUAUUAACUACAUAAAACAAAGUCAUUCAUCUUUAGUCAUUAUCCUUGAAGAAAACCUAAACGUACAUUGCCAGGUUAAAAGACAAAUGAAAAUAAAAUAUAAAUAUGAACAUGAAUUCAUUAUACAACCAACAUACUAUGCUAUGCCAUGCCGCAAUUCCUUCCCAAUGAAUCCGUAUAAUUUCUCACAUGCAAUCUAGUCUCAGAGAAUUAAAUAACAAGAAAAUGAUUCAAAUAUUGUAGCAGAUCAAAUGCUGUGUAAGCAACUGCUUCAGAUCAGGUGUGUUGUUGAAGUUACAGGUGACAAGUGUAGCUCUGAAAGAGUAUUCAAGUGUAUAGUGACAUACCUAUCAGACAUUGCACACAGCCCUGACAAAAACCAACUUAAACUAAGAAAAUAAAAGUGAGAAAAUAAAAACAAAUUGAACAUUCAGAACUGUUACAACAUUGCAGCUGCUGGUCACUUGUGGUGUUUACUGUGAUUCUGUAAGACCAUCGGAGCCCCAUGUUGCUUUACAAAUGUUUCGAUUAUGUAUUACAGUACGAUUUAAAACAAGUAUCUUGAUAUGUGUAGUCCUACUCAAUUAUAAUCAUUCCAAUAUCAUUACAUAACAAAAGCUCUAAACCAAAGCCGAUAAUCAUACACUUGCUUAAUGGAUCA